CCAUUUCUUAUUUAAAACAAGGAGGAAUUCUACUUUCCCUUUUAUUUUAUUUUUCUAUAGCGAGAAAGCUGUGCCUUCAAGCAUCGUGCAUGCAUUUGACCUCCCCCUUUCUAUUUUCUCUCUCCUCUUUCUCUUCCUCUUUCUAUUCAAAAUUUUUCAUGUCGAUUCCUUCUCUCUUCGAUCGCCGAUCGCAUUAGAAAUCUUCGAAGACGAUCUCGAUGACUUCGAAGCGGUGCAUGAACGGUGGAUGCGGUGCCACGUUGGCCGCCGAGGAUUGGAGGAGGGGCUGGGCGCUGAGAUCGGGCGGAUUCGCUACGCUCUGCGAUAAGUGCGGAAUGGCAUAUGAGCAAUCAGUUUUCUGCGACUUGUUUCACCAGAAAGAGUCUGGCUGGAGGGAGUGCCUUUUGUGUGGCAAGCGGCUUCAUUGUGGAUGUAUUGCUUCCAAAUCUUUAUUCGAACUACUAGAUGGCGGAGGAGUCCAGUGUAUUAGCUGCAUGAAGAAUUCUGGACUUUCUUUUAUUCCAAGUGAAACCAUUCAAGAAUUUUUGCCUCAAUCCAGUCAAAGAGUUCUCUCUCUAGCAGGUAGAAGUCAAAAAGACGAGAAGGCAAAUGAAGACUCCAACGUACGAGUGGACGAGGAUGUAAUUAGCAAGGGCAAGGCUAUUCAGUUAGGCAAAAACAUGGAGGUUAAUGGACAAAACAAUAUGCUUCUGGCCCGAAGAGAAAGCUUAAAUGGAUCUUUUGGGCAUAUUAAAAGAGAGCAAAUGGCAUUUCAUGCAGGGAAGGUGGGAAAUGCACAUAUUUCAAAUCAAGCUCAUAUUGCAUCAUCUCAAGUUUCCCAACGAGAUUAUGGUAAAGAUGUUAUGAAGGAUAACAUGCUAUGUGAAUCACUCACGCAGGCUUGUUUGAAUAUUAGCUUGGGGAAUUCAAACCAAAGAACCACUAUGGAACCUGCUCUUAGUACUGGAAUUCGCCCAUCUAGUGGAGUUGAAGAUGGAAGGGAUCAAAGUAGAUCACUAUCUGCUUUGCAGCAAGCGCAAAGGGCCCGCCAUCUUCUUCCCAAGCCAUCCAAAACAGGCCAAACAUUUUCUUCAGAGGCAUCGAAGGAGAUGCUUUCAAAUAUGCGUGUAGCAAGACCCCCUGCUGAAGGUAGGGGAAGGAAUCAGUUACUUCCACGUUACUGGCCUAGGAUCACAGAUCAAGAACUACAGCAAAUAUCUGGAGAUUCUAAUUCAACCAUCGUUCCACUAUUUGAGAAAGUUUUGAGUGCAAGUGAUGCUGGGAGGAUUGGUCGUUUAGUUCUUCCUAAGGCAUGUGCAGAGGCCUAUUUCCCUCCAAUUUCUCAACCAGAAGGUCUUCCAUUAAAGAUUCAAGAUGCUAAGGGAAAAGAGUGGCAUUUCCAGUUUAGAUUUUGGCCAAAUAAUAACAGCAGAAUGUAUGUUCUGGAGGGUGUUACUCCAUGUAUACAGUCCCUGCAAUUGCAAGCUGGUGAUACAGUAACUUUCAGUCGGAUGGAUCCUGAAGGAAAACUCAUUAUGGGAUUUCGAAAGGCGACUAACUCUGUGCCUUUGCAGGAUUCUCAGAUAUCUGCAAUUGCUAAUGCUGGUCUUGGCAAUGAAACUUUCUUUUCGGGUGUUAAUGAGAACCUAUCUAUAGUAAGUGGUUACUCUGGACUUCUUCAGUCACUGAAGGGAACUGCGGCUCCGCGCUUGAGCUAUUUAUCUGAACAUUUGAAUUUAGCUGACAGUGAUGUUAGUUGGCAAAAGACAGACACACAUGGAGGCAGGUCAAAUGACGGAUUCCUGUUGCAGCCUUCACUGGCUCAAGAGAAGAAAAGAAGCCGUAAUAUUGGUGGCAAAAGCAAGAGGCUACAUAUGGAUAACGAUGACGCUUUAGAACUGAAGCUUUCAUGGGAGGAGGCACAAGACUUGCUGCGCCCACCUCCAAUUGCCAAACCUAGUGUUGUAAUGAUCGAGGAUCAGGAGUUUGAAGAAUACGAGGAACCCCCAGUUUUUGGCAAGAGAACAAUUUUCACGGCCCAAUUAUCUGGGGAACAAGAUCAAUGGAUUCAAUGUGAUGAUUGCUUCAAAUGGCGUCGUUUGCCUGUGGAUGUUCUUGUUCCUUCAAACUGGACGUGUGCUGACAACACAUGUGACCCGAGAAGAUCUUCUUGUUCUGUGCCGGAUGAAUUGAGCCCAACAGAAAUACAUAAUCUUCUUCGACAGGAUGCAGAAAUAAAAAUGAUGAGAACUUCAAUCUCCAAGCAAAACACUCCGGACUUUGAAGCAUCCGGCCUCGACGCCUUAGCCACUGCUGCAUCUAUCGGUGACACAACAAAUCAAGCCACAGUCUCAGCUUCUGCAACUACAACCAAGCACCCAAGGCACCGUCCAGGCUGCACUUGCAUUGUUUGCAUCCAGCCCCCCAGUGGCAAAGGCCCAAAACACCACCCAAAUUGUACAUGUAAUGUGUGUUUAACUGUAAAACGACGGUUUAAAACCCUAAUGCUUCGCAAGAAAAAGCGACAGUCUGAGCGUGAAGAAGCUGAAGCCAACAAAAGGUUGAUGCUUCCAUGGGGAGCCAAAGAAGAAAUUGAAGGGAGUAGUAUCCAAAAGGAGAAUGAAUUGGGCAUGAUGCUUCCAUGGGGAGCCAAAGAAGAAAUUGAAGGGAGUAGUAUCCAAAAGGAGAAUGAAUUGGGCAUGGACGCUGGAAAAGCCUCUGUAGUGGGUGAUAUUGAUACAGGAAAAGGGAAGAUAGAUUUGAAUUGCCAACCAGAGGGGCUUCAGUCUUCAUCUAGGGUUAGCAUGAUGAGCCUACUUCAUGUGGCUAGUCUCCCAUUGGAGAAUUAUUUGAAGCAGAAUGGACUUACGAGUUUGACCUGUGAACAGCAGGUGAGCUCGAGUUCAGUUACGGUUCCGCAAGCAAUGCCUGUUGAUGAGAGCGAGGAGAGGACACCUGAUGAAGAGGGCAGUGGUGAUGAAGGGCAUAUUGGCUCCGAAACUGCGAAAAGUGACGCAUCUUGAAACUUUACACACAGUCUUGGUUUGGAAAUGGGCAUAUUUGUUGUGAAUGACAGUACUACACGAUCCUUUUCUUUUUUUUCCCCCGGUUUCAUCUGUGUCUUUCCCUUGGUGUGUAUAUGUGUGUUAUAUCUGGCUUUAUUGAAUAUUCAUUUGUGCUAGUGAGGCUAUAGCAGGUUCAUAGAUUACCACAGGUUGUGUUCAUUGUUUGGUUGGAUUUUUUUUAUGAUGUUAUAUACUGGUUGGUACUUGUUUUC